GUCCUGCGGGGCGCGGUCCCGGCCGUCCCGGUCCCCACUUCGGUGGAGCUCGCAGGCAGUAGAGAGCAGAGAGGUGAAGGAGAAGGAUGAGCGUGUAGCCUCUGGGGACCUCUGCGCAGUAAUGCCAGCAUGAUGGUUGAUACACAGGGGAUAAGGUGCUGCCGUUGGAGGUGGAAGCUGAGGACCCUUCUGCUCCCAUUUGCUUUAUGGAUUAUGUGUGUCCCCUGCUCAGUGUGGGGAUGUAGCAACUGCAGGAUUGUCCUAUCCAAUCCUUCCGGAACCUUUGCUUCUCCAUGCUACCCUAACGACUACCCUAACACCCAGUCUUGCUCGUGGACCCUCCGAGCCCCUACUGGCUACAUCAUUCAGAUAACGUUUAAUGACUUCGACAUUGAAGAAGCUCCCAAUUGCAUCUAUGACUCACUAUCCCUUGAUAAUGGAGAGAGCCUGACAAAAUUUUGUGGAGCAACUGCCAAAGGCUUGUCAUUUAACUCAACUGUGAAUGAGAUGCAUGUGUCUUUUUCAAGUGACUUUAGCAUCCAGAAGAAAGGUUUCAACGCCAGCUACAUCAGAGUUGCUGUGUCCUUACGGAAUCAAAAGGUCAUUUUGCCCCAGACAUUAGAUGCUUACCAGGUAUCAGUGGCAAAAAGUGUCUCCAUUCCUGAGCUCAGUGCUUUCACGCUCUGCUUUGAAGCUUCCAAAGUUGGUAGUGAAGAUGAUGACUGGAUAGCUUUCUCUUACUCAGACGAGUCCCUCACACAGCUUCUCAGUUUCGAGAAGGCCAACAAUGGUUACUUCCUCUCCAUUUCUGACUCGAGAUGCUUGCUGAACAGUGCAUUGCCCUUGAAGGAAAAUGAAGACAUCUUCACAGAAAACUUCGAGCAGCUCUGUCUUGUGUGGAAUAAUACUUGGGGCUCCGUGGGUGUAAAUUUCAAGAAAAGCUAUGAAACAGUUCCAUGUGAUUCCACCAUGAGUGCAGUUAUACCUGGGGAUGGGGCAUUGCUGCUGGGCUCCGACAGAGAUGGAAUUGCCUCUCUAAAGGGCAGCAUCUAUAACUUUCGACUCUGGAAUUUCACAAUGGAUUCAAAGGUCCUCACCAACCUCAGCUGUAGUGUGCCCGGGAAUGUUGUGGACUGGCACAAUGACUUCUGGAGCAUCUCAACCCAGGCUCUCAAAGCUGAGAACAACCUGAGCUGUGGUUCCUACCUGAUCCCUCUGCCCGCAGCUGAGCUGACGAACUGUUCGGAUCUGGGGACUCUCUGUCAAGCUACUGUAAACCCUCCUAGUACUACACCACCCACUGUCACCACUAAUAUCCCUGUUACUAACAGAACCCAUAAACCAAAGAAUGACGGAAUAAUGUAUAGAAUAUCUGUUGUGAUUCACAAUGACCUUAAUCACCCGGAAGUAAAAGUACAGAGCAAGGUAGCAGAGUGGCUCAAUUCAACCCUCCAGAACUGGAACUACACUGUUUAUGUGGUUAAUAUAAGUAUUCAUCAAAACACAGGCGAGGACAGGAUUAAAGUCAAGAGAGACACCCUGGAUGAUGACAAAAGGGUGGUGCUGUGGGCUCUUCUAGUCUACAAUGCUACCAAUAAUCCCAACCUGGAUGAAGCAAAGAUAGAAGAGAAGAUUAAAUCCAACAAUGCAUCACUAGAUGAAGGCCUGAGGCUCCAUGAAGUCAAUGUGAAUAAGCUGGGUACGUGUAGUGCCGAGGAGGAUCCAGAGGGCUUUAGCUGGCCAGCCAUCUCUUUACGCUCUUCCUUUCAACAACCAUGCCCGAACAAGCCGGGCUCUUACAUAACACGGACAUGCCUUUCUAAUGCCACAUCAACCUUCUGGAGCCCUGUUGACGCCUCCAAUUGCUCAAGACAACCAAAUCAAAAGGCCAAGGCUAUUUUAGAUUUAACUGGUGAUGGGCAGAACCUAUCCUCAGCCAAUAUUAGCAACAUUGUAGAGGAGGUCAAAAGGAUAGUGAGCGAAGAAGAAAAUAUUGAUAUAACGCUCGGCUCCACCCUAAUGAAUAUAUUUUCUAAUAUCCUAAGCAGUUCGGAUAGUGAUUUGCUUGAGUCGUCUUCUGAAGCUUUAAAAACAAUUGAUGAGCUAGCCUUCAAAAUAGACCUGAAUAGCACACCACACGUGAAUAUUGCAACACAGAAUUUGGCUCUUGGAGUAUCAUCCCUGAUGCCAGGGACGGAUGCACCUUCAAAUUUUAGCAUUGGUCUUCCAAGCAAUAAUGAAUCCUAUUUCCAGAUGGACUUUGAGAACGGACAAACAGAUUCAUUGGCAUCUGUGAUUUUACCUCUGAACUUGCUGGAGAAUUUAAGUCAAGAAGAUUCCAUAUUAGUCAGAAGAGCACAGUUUACUUUCUUCAACAAAACUGGACUUUUCCAGGAUGUUGGAUCUCAAAGAAAAAUCCUAGUGAGUUAUGUGAUGGCGUGCAGCAUUGGAAACAUUACUAUCCAGAAUCUGAAAGAUCCAGUUCAAAUCAAAAUCAAACACACCAGAACUCAGGAAGUGUAUCGUCCCAUCUGCGCCUUCUGGGAUCUGAACAAAAAUACAAGUUUUGGAGGCUGGAACACCUCAGGAUGUGUUGCGAGCUCGGAUUCGAAUGCUGGCGAGACCAUCUGCCUGUGUAACCACUUCACUCACUUCGGAGUCCUGAUGGAUCUCCCAAGAAGUGCCUCACAAAUAGAUGGAAGAAACACAAAGGUCCUCACUUUCAUCACCUACAUUGGGUGUGGAAUAUCGGCUAUUUUCUCAGCAGCAACUCUCCUGACAUAUGUUGCUUUUGAGAAACUACGCAGGGAUUAUCCCUCCAAAAUCCUGAUGAACCUGAGUUCAGCCCUGCUCUUCCUGAAUCUCAUCUUCCUCCUGGAUGGCUGGAUCACUUCCUUCGAUGUGGCUGGCCUCUGUACAGCUGUGGCUGCCCUGCUGCACUUCUUCCUCCUGGCCACCUUCACCUGGAUGGGGCUAGAAGCCAUCCACAUGUACAUUGCACUUGUGAAAGUGUUUAACACUUACAUCCACCGGUAUAUUCUAAAAUUCUGCAUCAUUGGCUGGGGUCUGCCAGCCUUGGUGGUGUCAAUUAUUCUAGCGAGUAGAAAACAAGAUGAAGUGUAUGGAAAAGAAAGUUAUGGCAAAGAGCAGGAUGAUGAAUUUUGCUGGAUUCAGGAUCCUGUGGUAUUUUAUGUGAGCUGUGCCGGGUACUUUGGAAUCAUGUUCUUCCUGAACGUUGCCAUGUUCAUUGUGGUCAUGGUACAGAUCUGUGGGAGGAACGGAAAGAGAAGCAACCGGACCCUGAGAGAAGAGGUUUUAAGGAACCUGCGUAGCGUGGUCAGCCUGACCUUCCUGCUGGGCAUGACGUGGGGUUUUGCUUUCUUUGCUUGGGGACCCUUAAAUAUCCCUUUCAUGUACCUCUUCUCCAUCUUCAAUUCUUUACAAGGGUUAUUUAUAUUUAUCUUCCACUGCGCCAUGAAGGAGAAUGUUCAAAAACAGUGGAGGCGCCAUCUGUGCUGUGGCAGGUUUCGGCUAGCAGACAAUUCAGAUUGGAGCAAGACGGCUACCAACAUCAUCAAGAAGAGCUCCGAUAACCUGGGGAAAUCUUUAUCUUCAAGUUCCAUUGGCUCCAACUCAACAUACCUCACAUCCAAAUCAAAAUCCAGCUCCACCACCUAUUUCAAAAGAAACAGUCACUCAUACAGCAGUUCCAUGGACAAGUCGUUGUCAAAACUGACCCACGCUGGUGGAGAGCAGACGUCAAUCAUCCCUGUCCAUCAGGUUAUUGAUAAGGUCAAAGGUUACUGUAAUGCUCAUUCAGAUAACUUCUAUAAAAAUAUUAUCCUGUCAGAUACAUUCAGCCACAGUACAAAGUUUUAAUGUAUGAGGGGGGGAAAGAAUCUGUCUGGAGAACUGUAAACCUUUACAAGCAGAGAAAGCUGUGCCCAACAGAAGGCAGUGUGCUGUUCCCUAGGUAACUGCGGAGCCUUGAGGACUGGAUCUUGUUAGAGAAGCUCUUGUGGGAUCCAGCAUUCAUCUUUUCAGAAUAUUUCUUCUGUGGACAAGCUUCAGUCAUCACACUUCAGAACUGAAAGCACGCUGAACACCGCAAGGAGACAGGACUUCUUAGAAUGAGUAACUCAAUCAAACUCAUCAGAAUUUGAGGGAAAAGGCAUUAAAAUCAGAAGAUACAAGAGGAAGAAACCCAAGAGUGAAUUCUAGUUGAGAUCUCAUCUACCCCAUCGCACCUGGAUGUAAGAUGCUUGGAUGUGCCCUGACUUUCAUAAAGACUAAGUAGAAAACACACUAAUUAAUGUUUGUAGUGAUUUGGGAUGCUCAUGGGUUCUGUUCCAAUGCUAUUUUCUAUGAAUAUAGCAGCAUCUCUUUCUUUUUUUUCAGUGAAAUUUUCAACAUAAGUAGAAAAGAUGUUUAAUAUUUGACCCAUAUAAUAUUAAAUGUGAUUUUUUUCCUUAUGUCAAAUAUUUAACUUUCGUGAAAAUAAUUUGCUAAAAGAGUAUUUCAGAAAUUUGACCUCAUUAAUAUGCUGUAUAAAUUUCUAGUAUCUCAAGUCAUAGAGCUUAAGCAUCACCAUCGUCCCCCACACAUGAAUCCAGCUGAAUGUGCCCUUGGCAUAAAGUGGGCCUCCUGAGAGUUAAGAACGAAUAGGUUUACCUUCCCUCACACCCUCCCGGGUCCUCCUUCACUCUUCAUUGGGCCCACAGGUUCAAGAGAAGAAUGAGAAUUCCAGUUAAGCACCCUGUGUGCCAUGACCUCUCACCACUGAGAGAACACACUUUUGAGACUAUGUGAGCCUAUCCCUGCUUUAAUGAUUUUAAGACAUUUCAGAUCGCAUCCACUCAGAGACCUCUGACUUCCCCCAGUGAUAAUUUUCUUCUAAAGAACAAAUGGUGAGACAUACAGCUGUCUUGGCUCAUCAAAAUAACUUAGAAAUAUGUAGAUCUACAACAGCUAGUCUAAAAACUAUUUGCACUGAGUCCUGCAAUCAGAGUGUCUAAGGAGGGCUGGUGCGAUAUACUAUUCUAUGGUGUAAUAUUUAUGGAUCAGACUGCAGCAUGCAAGUCAUGCAAGGCAUUCAGCAGCUCACUUAACUCCGAAAGGACCCUAAACAAGGUGUACUUGCUACGGAGGGUAUAGGUUGUUCUCAAGUGAUGGCAUUCUAUCCGCCGGCCUCAGUACAUGCUUGUGUUAGCCUUGCUCAGGGUUCUCUGCCAUGUUGCAGGCUUGGCAGGUCAGUGACACAGGGAUGACAAAGAGGGAGAGUCUAGCAGAGUUAGUCAGAGGGUAGAGGCCAGACCUGAACCUCUGUGCAGAAAGCAGGUCGUGCUUGGCUAAGAUAUAUACACACACAGGACCUUGCAGGCUCUGCAACAGCUGAAGGUUCCUCUCCUCUCACCAAGUGUCAAUCAUGAAGCUGUUUGCCAGGCUGCCAAAGAUGAUAGAAUGUAGUGGUGGGUUGUUGUUGCUGGUCUAACAGCCUGGACUGGCAUUGGUGGACGUGAGUGUUGUUAGGCCUGGCUUUCACAGAGGAGGAGGCCCUUUAGGAGGAGUGGAUAGUACAUCGUAAGGUCACUAAGAUUUACUGCCCUAGAGCCAGCCCUUGGCUUGUGGUUUGUAUCAACAGGCUGCUCACUGUGCCAGAGGAUACAUACACAGGGGAAAUCUAAGCUUGCUAGUCACGAAAUAUUCACCUUCUCCCCCAAACUUAGGAAAAUCACGAUAGAUUUUCAUUAGGUUUCUACUGUGAGACUUCUGCACAAAGUGCAUGUUUCGUUAAUAAAAGUUAUGACAUAGCUUCAAAAAUGCCUUUGCUUUUGAGUUUCACUUACAAGUAUUCAGAUCAGAGAGAAACCUUUUUUUUAUUUUUUCAUAUCUGGCAAGAAUGUCAGCUCCACUUGAAAAAUGUUUGAUGAAGAAGAAACACCAGAUGAGAAAUAGGUGCAAGUCGAUUUCAAAGCCUGAACCAAAUUCUACCUUCAGUUCCAAGUAUGUGGCUUCAUGUGCAUUUGGCCCCUUAGAAGACUGGGCAGGAAUUCCACUGGAGGGCCAGACUCCGGCCUCCACCCGCCUGUAAGACAGUACCAGUUCCGACUCUGGUUCCUCACUCCCCGCCCUCUCUCUUCCCUGUGCUGCAUCAGAGCUUUGGUCUAGGGUCCUGAGACAAUCUCCGUUCUUGUCACUGUUUCCUGCGGUGUAAAGAUUUUCCUUGUCAUUGGCAAUGUCUCUCCUGUACAUAUUUAUUUAUUUGUGUUCACGUCAGUUUUGUUCAAUACAUUAGCUUCCUAUUGCCCAGUUUUAUUGUUUUAAUGAACUUCCUAGUAGAGAGACUGUAUUUUUUUCUAGAAAAGUUGUGAAACAGGUUUCUGUAGCAGUAUCUUUGAAUAUUAUGGAAAGAAGCAACUGUGAGGGCAAACUAGAAUUAGCAGUGAGAAACUGCUAAUGCUGAUUUGCCAUUUUAACUGCAAUGGAAAAUGAUUUUUCAAAUAAAUACUUAUGUUGUUCA